GUUCCCUUCGGACGCUAUUCUUUUGGUGACACAUGAGGCUAGCUGUUGGCUGCUUUCGUGCACGCCCUUAGGUGGUGGCGUGAUUGUUGUUACUGUUCGUUGAGACCGCAUUCGAUGCAACUAAGGUGAUCUGGGCAUUUUCGUUGUCCUGAAAGCGUGUUAUGCUCGUGCGAGAAACGUUCCGCAUCGAGCUUCUCUGGGAUCUUGUCGGAUCCUCCGGAAUGAACCCUCGACCAGUCUCAUCGAGCGGAGUCAAACAAGCAAGUCUCGCCUCUCGGCAGCCGGAAAACCUAAAAUAUCUCUUGCAUGUUCGGUUACAGGAGCUUCUCGAUCUCGGAAGGGACCCUCCUGCGCAAUGCUCUGCAGGACCUCUCGGGGAAGAUCUAUUCCAUUGGCAGGCAACAAUCAUGGGACCUCCCGAUAGUCCAUAUCAAGGAGGCGUCUUCUUUCUGACCAUACACUUCCCAACAGAUUAUCCAUUCAAACCACCAAAGGUCGCGUUCACAACACGCAUAUAUCACCCGAACAUCAACUCAAACGGAUCGAUCUGUUUGGAUAUACUGCGUUCGCAAUGGUCGCCAGCGCUCACUGUCUCGAAGGUGCUGCUGUCCAUAUGCUCUCUACUGUGUGAUCCAAAUGCGGACGAUCCGUUGGUCCCGGAAAUUGCCAAGAUCUACAAGUCAGACCGCGAUCGUUACAAUGAAUUAGCUCGUGAAUGGACUCGUAAAUACGCCAUGUAGAAAGCCCCAGGCCCACAACCAGAUUAUUCGCCUUAUCGUGAGAUCGUAGUCUCAAAAGGCGUCUCAUCCGAGUUGACGACGUCAAUUUUUUUCAUCGAUUCACGAGUGGAUCCUACUUCUCGGGCGGAAAAAUCUGGUGGAAAGUUGACAACAAACACUUCAACAAGCGUAAGAACGUAAACCAACAACAACGGCAAAGGAGCGGCUGAGGCAGCCUUAGGAUUAUAGGUUUGAUUGGGAUUUCUUGGGAGACUGAGACUUUAUUCACAACAGAUAGUAAAAGCGAUAAUUGGAAGAAAAAUUCACACAAUGAUUAAUUUGAUAAUGCUACGGAUCUCGCGAGCGAACGGAAUUGAUUUGUUUCCUUCUUCUCCAAAAUUCAUGCCCAUCUGCCGAGGAAAGGUCGUCUGGAUCUGAGCUCGAGUUCUCGAAGUAGCGGCAUCAAACAACUAGACGCGAACAUCAAUCAGUCAGUCGAAUUUACGGAGCAAAGAGAGGGAGAAUAGGAAACAGAAAUUAAACGAGGGAGGUCGGAAAGAUGGCAUGAUUCACCUCAGACGCCUCGGAAAAGAACUCCCAUUCCCAUUUUAUAACCUGCCUGCGAGCUGCAAUCUUCGUUCGCGACAUGCAGUUCGUCUCUGGUAUCAAUUAGAGGGCAGAGAGACGUGAUUCGAAAUGAGGGAACGCAAGUAAAAUUUCUGAGUGCGCGUAGCAUGUUUCGAAAUACCACGGGGAAUCGGCUUACGAGCGAAUCGAAGCAGCUUCUCCCUCGGUCUUCGUAACCUUCUGCACCACUCCCACCAACGCGGUAGGCAGAACGAUUUAGCAUUCGAGAACGAAAAUGCAGGGAGUGUGUAGAGAUAAGAUCUUUCACCAAGCGAUGAAUCUAUGACAACAAAUUCAUCGCGGAAACGACUCUCUCGCAGCGAGAGAUCAAGAGAAGGACGACCUCAUGUACGAUCGAUCACCGAUUCCAGUUCCGCUCGUAAUCUUGCUAAGCAGGCUGCGAAUUAGUCGAUGCAUCGGUCCUCAUCCGGCGAGCUGCCGAAUGUCUCCCCAUUGUGAUCGAUUCAUGGAUCGAAUGGUUUCCGUGAAAGUUUUGUGGUCUACAGAUCGGAUUUAUCGAGGUCACUCCCGUAGAACUUAGUGUGGGCAACGAAACCGCGACUUGUAUCCGCUCCCUUUUUCUUCUUUCUUGAAAGCUAAUUCGGUUUCUUUUUCGAUGAGUAUUUUUUACUAAGAAUAAUUUCGGCUGUGUAACCGGACGGUGGACCUUCGGUCCAGCUCGAAAGUUCCAAUCCUGCUGCUGCUGCUGCUUCAUUCAGAGGGUGGACUAGGUUACCUAGGGCACUGGGUUGCCAAAGCAAAAUUCCAUCGUUCAUCAAAAUUGAUACCUACACACUUUGUCGCUGCUCGACUCGGUGGAGCUACGUCGCUACUGAGCGUCAUCACUCGGGUUCAUUUGUAAAUAUGAAGUACCAUGACGACGAUGAUGAUGAUGACGACGACGACGGCUAAAAUGAUGAGGAAGAGGAGGCAGAUUCUGAUAAUGAUGACGAUGAUGAAGAGGAUGAUAAGUGAUGAAAGGAACAGCAAGAAUUAAAAAUAAAGAUGUUUUACAAGU